AGGAGAAAAGGGGAGGGCCUGUGCUAAAUUUGUCAGCUUACUGAAACGUUGUGUCAGAGCAUUUUUCAUCAUGUAAAUGCACUGAGAGAGGAAGAGAGAGAGAGAGAGAGCGCAAAAGAGAGAGAAGGAAAGUGAGAGACAGGGGAGGGAGAGAGAAAGGAGAGAAAGAAAAGGGGAGUUAUUAAGGGGGGCAGCAGAAAAAGAUUGUCUCAGUCGUCAGCAGAAGUGAUGGACUCAGCACAUAGAAAGUGAUAGUCUUCUCCUACCGGCCUACAGAGAGCACACUGACCAGACAAUGCUGGCCUCUCACUGCCUGCUGCUCUCUCACUGCCUCUGAGGAAACUACCCAUUACAUCUAACACAUUUGGAUGUAUUCUCUUUUAAUUGUCAACUAUUGAGUGACAGGGUUUACUCAGGUGCCAAAGAGCAAGUGAUCCAGAGAGAGAGGGACAGCCCCAAGCAGCUUUUACACAGACUGGUGAUGACUUUCUUCAAGGGGACACGUCAAUCAGUGUUGCCGGGAGGGCAAGGGAACUGAAGGGAAAACAAGCUACAGUCUACAAUUAUCUGGUGUGUGUGAGUGAGAGCCCUUCCCAGACUGAUGGAGCUCCCCGUGGUGCUGCUGUUCCUAGUGUAUGGUCUUGUCUCUGGAGCCAAGCAGCCCCAGGGUCCGGGGAACCCUCAGGAGAGCAACCCCCAGGCCAGGAGCAAGGAAAGGGAGAGCAAUGAGGAUGGCCUGGAGAGAGAGUUCCUGUAUCCUGGGCAGAGGAGCAGGCGAGCCGCAGCUGAACCCCAGCAGCCUGACAAGUGUUCCUACACCUUCAUCGUUCCCCAGCAGAAGGUGACAGGGGCCAUCUGUGUGAACCGCAAGGAGCCGGAUGCAGCGCUGGAGAACCGCGUCAACAAGCAGGAACUGGAGCUGCUGAACGAGGAGCUGCAGAAGCAGAAGAGGCAGAUCGAGACGCUGCAGCAGCUGGUUGAGGUGGACGGAGGCAUCGUCAACGAGGUGAAGCUGCUGAGGAAGGAGAGCAGGAACAUGAACUCCAGGGUGACCCAGCUCUACAUGCAGCUGCUACACGAGAUCAUCAGGAAGAGGGACAACGCCCUGGAGCUGUCCCAGAUGGAGAACCGCAUCCUCAACCAGACCUCGGAGAUGCAGCAGCUCACUAACCGCUACAAGGACCUGGAGCACAAGUACCAGCACCUGGCCACUCUGGCCAACAACCAGUCGGUCCUCAUCGCCCUGCUGGAGGAGCAGUGCCAGGGUCGGCCCGUCAGCCCCCCUCGCCCUGUUCCCGUCCCCCAGCCAAGGCCACAGCCCCCACCCCCACCUGCACCAUCACCACCCAUCAACAAGCCCUACCAACCUCCCACCUACCCACGCCUCACCAACCAGAUCACCAACGAGAUUCAGAGUGACCAGAAGUCUGUACUGCCUGUCAUUCCUACCAUGCCCAGCGGCACAGGCAGCCCCUCUAUCACUACCAAACCCUCUGGGCCAUGGAAGGACUGCCUACAGGCCCUUGAGGAUGGCCACACGGCCAGUGGCAUGUACCUGGUGAAGCCAGAGAACGCCAACAAACUAAUGCAGGUGUGGUGUGACCAGAGACACGACCCUGGUGGCUGGACCGUCAUCCAGAGGAGGCUGGACGGAUCAGUCAACUUCUUCAGGAACUGGGAGACUUACAAGCAAGGCUUUGGGAACAUCGAUGGAGAGUAUUGGCUGGGCCUGGAGAACAUCUACUGGCUGACCAACCAGAGGAACUACAAGCUGCUGGUGACUCUGGAAGACUGGUCUGGGAGGAAGGUGUUUGCAGAGUACGCCAGCUUCAGGCUGGAGCCUGAGGCAGACUUCUACAAGCUCAGGGUGGGCCGCUACCAUGGCAACGCCGGAGACUCCCUCACCUGGCACAAUGGCAAACAGUUCACUACGCUGGACAGAGACCAUGAUGCAUAUACAGGUAACUGUGCCCACUACCAGAAGGGAGGCUGGUGGUACAAUGCAUGUGCCCAUUCUAACCUCAACGGAGUAUGGUACAGAGGAGGACACUACCGCAGUCGCUACCAAGAUGGAGUCUACUGGGCUGAAUUCAGAGGAGGGGCCUACUCCCUGAAGAAAGUAUCUAUGAUGAUACGACCGAACCCAAACACCUUUCAUUAAAUAUCCAUAAACAAGACAAAGUAGCCCCUUUUCAAAAACGACUUCCUCUCCACAAAAACCUCAAUUCAAACAACUCUUGAACUCUGAAAUAAAGGCAUCUCACACAGCCAGAUCAAGAAGAUGAUGACAUAGACAGUGCAAUAUCUAAGCCUCAGGCAGGACUCUUGGUGGAGCAAUAAAGGAGAAGCAGGGUCCAUCCUGUUGCUCCACAGACAAACACAUGUAACGGUGUGGCUGUAUGCUUGCUUCUCUCCCUUUCAAUUUAGUUCAAAUGUGUCUGUUUACCUAACUUUGAGCAGUGUACUACUGCCUUAGAACUGCUGGUACGGUGUGAUUCAUAUGGGAGAAAACAGGAUGAAAAGAAAAAGAGGAGAGCGUACAUCAGUUCACAGUGGUCACACUAAGUAGCUUGGAAUAGCAAUCUUAUAUUGUAGUCCGUAUGUUUUAUAGUGCAGAACAUAAUUUUAUGAGAAUGAAGAUGACGCAGGACAUUGUAUCCAGUGACUAACCUUAUGGUGUUUAAAUCAAGCUCUUCAGGUGAGUAAUUUAUAGGAAACAAUAAUCACAUUUCUUAAACUAUGGUAUAGACAGGUACUCUUAAUAUGUUAGCCAUAAUCUUUGUCAACAUACACAAUCUAAUGUCUAUCACUUAUGUAAAAGGGGGAAUAGAUACAACAGUCUGCUCUACGGCACUAGUACUGUCAACAGUUAUGACCUGAUAUCUGGCUUACAAACUCAAAGUAACAAUGAUUUAGAUCAUUCCAAUAAACAUACUGCUGGUGUGGCAGAGUGCAAGGUACAGGGAAUAAUGACAACUGACUUAACAUUACAGUACAUUGGGAAAAUAUUCAAACCCCUUAACUUUUUCCACAUUUUUAAAGACUUAUUCUAAAAUUAAUUAAAAAGUCCCCCCCCCCCCUCAACAAUCUACACACAAUGCCCCAAAA